UCUCAGCCAACGACCACGCCUGUUUAUUCAUCUUUCACGACGAGGACUAUCGACUAUGGCCUCCCUACUCGAGCGUAUUAGUCCCGCAGACGGUGUCGGGCCCGUUCGCUCGAAGAACACCAACCGCGCAAGUCCUUACAACCGGAACGGUCGCCCACCCAAAGGGAACCCCGAUGAACCCUGGCAACACGACCUUUUCGACACCCCCAGCGCGUCCAACAACAAACGCUCUCUCUCUUCGCGCCUCUCGACGGGCUCCGUGCCCCCUCCCAAAGCAAAUUUCGGGUUGGCCGACAAAGCCCUGAAGGACGCGUUGGGGCUGGAGCGCGGCGGGGACAUCAGCAUCAAGGGCGCGAGCAUGCGCGGGAACGUCGUCGAGGUCACCGGGCUCGUGCGCGGGACGACCGCCGCGGACGUCGAGGCGAUCUUCAAACGCUGCGGGCCGAUCACCAAGGCCACGGUCGUGUCGAGCCCCGGCCAGGACGUCACGGUGCGCCUGACGUACAAAAACGCACCGGACGCGCAGGCGGCGGUGAAGAAGUUCGAUAAGCAGCAGGCGGAUGGGCGGACGCUGCGCGUGGAGAUUGUGGGCGGUACGAAUGCGACGCUCGGCGGGAGAUUAGGGUUGGCGGUUGUGGACGGGAGUGUAGAUGUGUUGAUGGAUACUGAUGGUCCCAGUACGAAUACGGGAUCAAAAAUGCGGUCGGAUUCCAUCCUGGCCUCCGACAGUCGUGCAACCGUGCUCGUUGCGCCUCCAGGGGCUGACCCGAAGGAUUACCUCCCCAGUCGAGGUGGUGGUCGCGGCAGGGGCGGCAGGGGACGAGGCCGCAGACGGAGGGGUGGUCGUGGGGGUGCGGGUGCUGCGAUGGACGUCGAUUGAGCGUGCCGUUGUUCUGGUCACCCGCUUUGGUUGUAGGACUUUCCUUUCUCCGUCUCUCUAGCUUACAUGGUCCCUGUUGAGUUCAUCGUCUGUCUCUGUCUGAUACUGUAUAUUCACCAUAUCGAGUUCGCUCUACUCCGUCGCUGUUGUCUGCUACGUCCGUAUAUUUGAUCGUAUCCUGAGCUAUGCAUAUCUCUCCCCC